CUUUCAGUCCCUUUGUCUCCAACUCCUUGUUUCUAAUAAAACUAAGCUUAACCCACCAACCCUAACCUCUCUUAAUUUCUCACUUUACCCAAAAUGACUAUGAACCCUUUAUUCUCAUGCACUAAUAGGUCAUAGCAAAGAAAAAAACAACAACAUUGUAUUCUUAUAUUAAAACCAAUGCCCUGACAAAUGAAAUCAGUUCAUAAAAAACCCUUUUACAGAUCUCAAGUUUUUCACCCAUAGUUAUUGUUAUGGCUCUCUUUACCAUGCCAAAACACAAACUCCUUGCUUUCACUCUUCUUAUCAUCAUAAUCUUCUUCUUUUCAGGAAUAUGUAAGGCAGAAGACAAUAAUAAUCCAACAGAAAUGUUUCAGAAAGCCUUGUUUUGUUUCAAUAACAAGUUUAUCUAUGCUGGUUGUGAUAAGACAUAUAGAUUGAAUGAAGGUGGAAAGCUUAAUGUGCCUCCUCAAGCAGUUGAGUUGUUCUGUAAUGGACCUUGUUUGGCUGAGACAGAGUUAGUCCUCAAUUGUGUUGACAAUAUUUUCUCGAACUUCUUAUUCUAUAAUAAGGCAACUAUAGGAGACAUAAGGGGUGCUUUAAACGUCGGCUGCACUGAACACCGCAAAGGGUUAUUCAAUUUCCAAGGGUUUCCACAAGGUAAUUUUGGAGGAUUUCCACAAGGUGAAAUAAGCCAUGGAGAGAGGCCGAAGAUUUCAAGUGUGGUUUAUGCAUUGAUACUACUAAUUAGUGGAAGCUUUUGCUUCUUUUUGUAAUUCUGAUAUUUAUUUUCUCAAUCAAAUGAAGAACUACAACUACUACUUAAAAAUCUGUAUUCUUCAUUUUGUAAUUUAGAUUAAUGUAUGACAUUUGUAUACUACUGCUUUUCACUU